AUGGAACCAGGGAAUGAUACACGAAUUUCAGAAUUUCUUCUUCUGGGAAUAUCAAAUGAACCAGAACUGCAGCCCUACAUAUUUGGGAUUUUCCUUUGCAUGUACCUGAUCACUGUAUUUGGGAACCUGCUCAUUUUCCUGGCUGUCAGUUCAGACCCCCACCUCCACACCCCCAUGUACUUCUUCCUCUCCAACCUGUCCUUUGUAGACAUCUGUUUCAUCUCCACCACUAUCCCAAAGAUGCUGUGGAACAUCCAAAUGCAAAGCAAAGGUAUAAGUUAUGAAGGCUGCAUCACCCAGAUAUACUUUUUACUACUCUUUGCAGGGUUGGAUGACUUUCUUCUAACCGUGAUGGCCUAUGACCGCUUCGUGGCCAUCUGCCACCCCCUGCACUACACAGUCAUCAUGAAUCCCCGGCUCUGUGGACUGCUGGUGCUCCUGUCCUGGGUGAUGAGUGCCCUGAAUUCCUUGGUACAAACCUUAAUGAUAUUGCAGUUGUCCUUCUGUAGAGACUUGGAGAUCCCCAACUUUUUCUGUGAACUCAAUCAGGUGGUCCGGCGUGCCUGUUGUGACACAUUUCUUAAUGACGUGAUGGUGUAUGUUGCAGCUGGGCUGCUGAGUGGUGGUCCGUUCAUUGCAAUACUUUACUCUUACUCUAAGAUAGGUUCCUCCAUAUGCAGAAUCUCACUAGCUCAGGGGAAGUAUACAGCAUUUUACACCUGUGCAUCUCACCUCUCAGUUGUUGCCUUAUUUUAUAGUACAAUCCUAGGAGUUUACCUUAACCCUGCUGAUGCCCACAGCUCACACUCAAGUGUAACAACCUCAGUGAUGUACACUGUGGUCACACCUAUGCUGAACCCCUUCAUCUACAGUCUGCGGAAUAAAGAUAUAAAGAAGGCACUAAAAAGAUUCUUUGGGCUAUAA